AUGGAUCCGAAAGCAGUCAAAGAUGUAGUUGAUCGAGUCAAAGCUGAAGUAGGACAUCCAACAAUUAUCUCCAAUAAAGCUGGAGUAGUAGAUGGGAAAUCAAUCAUUGAUCUUAGUCUCAGUGAAAUCCAGUGGUAUGUCACUGCUAUUCAUGAUCAUUGGGUCUUGUUUCCAUUUUGA